AUAGCUUUCUAAGACGUAUGGAUCUGUGUUUACUGUCCACAUGGGACCAAAGAAGAUAGUGGUCCUAACAGGGUAUAAGACGGUGAAAGAAGCAUUUGUCAACUAUGCUGAGGAGUUUGGAGAACGGGAAGCACCAACCGUGGCUAAAGAAGCAAACCUGCAUCACGGUAUUGUUUUUGCCAAUGGAGACUCCUGGAAAGAAAUGCGCCGCUUUGCUUUGACCAACCUGAAGGACUUUGGGAUGAGAAAGAAAGUAUGUGAGGAGAAAAUCAUUGAGGAAUGUCACUUCCUCAUCCAGAAGUUAGAGGAGUUUAAAGGUGAAGCUUUUGAUUUGUCCCAACACGUGAAAAAUGCAGUUAGUAAUAUAAUCUGCUCCAUAGUCUAUGGCAAAAGAUUUGAAUAUGAUGAUCCAGAGUUUAAUACCAUUGUAAAUCGAACAACCCAAGGCUUUCAACUGUUAGGCACACCAGCAAUACAG